UUUUCACUGGCUCUCCUUUGGGCGAUGGACAAGGCAAGCCUGCAAUCGGCAUCUUCCAUCAGUAAUACUGGGCGGAGCUUGGCGAAAAGGAGACGUGGGUUUCAGGAGGUGUGCGUGAUCGACAGCUCUUCGGCUCAAUACCCGGCUGGAGAUUCCCUCUGCUUUCCCCGCCCUUCUCCAACCAUGGGCGGGGGUGGAACAAUGGGAAGCAAAGGAGGUGGAGGCAGGAAAAUGGCAACGGCGGUGCUAACGGCAGCAGGAGGCGGCAGUCCAAGGCAGCGCGCGGCGUCCGCAGCCCGGCUACCCGCGCUCUUGCUGGCGGCGGCUUUGAGCCUGUUCCAGGUUUCAGCUGUGGAAGUAUAUACACCACCAGAGCUCUCUGUGGAGAAUGGGACAGAGGCAAAGCUUUCAUGUACAUUCAAAUCAUCAGAGGUGAUUAGCAGUGCGGCGUCUGUUACCUGGAGCUUCCAAGCAGAAGGAUCAACUACUACUGUGUCGUUCUUCUAUUAUUCCAAUGGGAAAGCAUAUCCUGGCAAGGAUGUACCAUUUAAAGACAGAAUUAGCUGGGCUGGAGACCUUAACAAGAAAGAUGCAUCUAUCAACAUAGCAAACAUGCGGUUUCUGGACAAUGGCACUUAUAUCUGUGAUGUCAAGAACCCUCCUGAUAUAGUUGUCACACCUGGAGAAAUCAAACUCAGAGUUGUGGAGAGAGGAAACCUACCCGCAUUUCCCAUUGUCUAUGUGGCAAUGAUAGCCAUUGGUGGAGUUUUGGGUUUAGUUUUCCUCAUUGCUGUUGUUGUGUGUGUCGUAUGCAGAAAGAAGAAUUCUAAAAAGCAUUAUUCUGGCUGCAGUACCUCUGAGAGCUUGGUGUCUCCAGUUAAGCAGGCUCCACGGAAGUCCCCCUCCGACACAGAGGGUCUGGUAAACAGCGUGCCCAUCCGAUCGCACCAGGGCCCAGUAAUUUAUGCACAGUUGGAUCACUCCGGAGGGCAUUCCAGUGACAAGAUCAACAAGUCAGAGUCUGUGGUCUAUGCUGAUAUUCGGAAGAACUGAGGAGAUCCCAAUCUAUCCAAAGCUAAACAAAAAUUCAAACUGGAAUCGCUUGAAGAAAUUUGACCCAGAGAACUCACAUGUGGCCUUUGAUGCCUCGGCUAGGACCAAUGCAUGUGCAUACAGAAAGAAAGAGAUUAUAUAUGUAUUGUGUGUAAAUAUUCUAUUUAAUCGUACAGAAAUGAGACCAAUGUUGCAUGUUUAAAUAUGGUAAGAAUUCUGCUUAUAAAUUGCCAAUAUUUUUUUUAUCUAGGAUAAGGGGAUGAAAGUGAGUAUUCAUAUUACACCUUUAGGUAAAUUUUGUCUUAAUUGUUCUAUGGGAAAACUGGAAAAGUCCUGGAUGUUCUAAAUGAAUUUGAUACUUUGUUUUUACAGGCUCUGUUUCUCUGAUGAAAUGGACAUGAGAAAAACUCUCUGCAUGAUUAUUCCCUUCCCUCAUCUGGUGCUUUUCACACUUCAUUUUUUCUUACAACUUGACUUAUUUCACAUCAACAUCCAGUUAGCAUUCCCCAGGAGAAAAAACUGAUGCUCUCCUUUAGCUCCCAGCCUCUUCAUCUAUCGGCUGAAGCCAAAGUUGUACCUUCAGGGCAUUAAACAAACAUCUGCCUCUUUCAUUCAGUUUCCUGUAAACAAAAUAGCUUUUAAAUGCAUAUAAAUCUUCAUUGGGAGAUUGUUUUAAUGCAACAUUAACAGUCCCCUUCACUUUAAUCUUUCUCCCUGUACAUCUCUACAAGUAAUACUUUAUUGGUCUACUAGGGUUUCUGCAAUAAAGGUGAAAUGAAUUCUUUUCUUUGACUAAAAUAGAAUACCAGGGGAACUGCUGGUUGAGCCCCUUCAGUUCAGUCUUGAUAUGGCUUUCACAGAAAUGCUCGUGUUGAUUGGCCUCUAGUGAGUAGCAAUGGCUUGUUGGAGAUAUUGCAGUUUGUGAAAAGAACUUGUAAGAACUUAUGGAAAUCACUCACAACUUUAUCCCUAAUCUGUUGGUUCUAGAGGGCUGUUGUGCCCGGGGCACAGUUCUUUUCUUGGGUCCAAGACGGCAAGUCACACACACAGUUGGAAGGUGAAUAAAUGUAAUUUUAAUUGGAGAAAGAUAAAGGAGUAAAAGGCUUACAUCCCUUGCAAUGCACAUUACCGGGGAUCCCUUUGUGGAAGGGGAUGUUGCUCUUAGCAGUGGUCCAAGGCACUCACAUGCUAGUCCAUUGGUGAGAUCCAAUUAGCACUCUAAAGGGGCUGCCGUUUAUAGUUGAUUGUAAAUAAGCUUCACUUGCUGGCAAAUAGCAUGAGCAAAGGCAUGGCAAACACAGGUAUUCAGAGGGACAGUAUAAUGAGCGAGGUUCUUGCAUAGACCACUGAUAAGGUGAUGUGGCUAAUUAUAUCACUAACCAAAACGAGAUCAGCAGAGAUGAGAGGGAGAGAGAAUGAUUUAUAUGGGCCUCUCACUCUCAGGCAAGAUGGCUGCCCUGUGCCUUCUACACAGGGACUGGCACAUGCAUUAUACUACAUUUCAUUGCUGAGAUCCUGACACAAAAUUCCCCUGCUUGAGAUAUGAUAUAAUCUUGUGCAAGCGGCUCUGUCCCUAUCAUGUCAUUACAAGGGGGUACUUUGUGGGAGUCAUGAAACGUGAUAGAAUAGGAUUUUUAAUUUUUAUUUUUUUACAUUUUAUAUCCCACUCUUCCUCCAAGGAACCCAGAGCGGUGUACUGCAUACUUAAGUUUCUCCAAAUAACAAACUUUCUACUUCAAGAGGACAAGAUCAGUGUCCUGUUCUCACUUGUUCAGCAGUGUGCAGACAUACCUGCAAACAGGAAAAGGUUUCUCUGAGCACAGUCCCCUCUCUGUUCCUACAAGGGCACAUUUGGAGCCUCCAAACUGAAUGCCAUUCUCUCCUUCCCAUGUCUCAGGCAGGCUGUUCAUCUUCCCCCAAGCACCUUGCAUGUUUAUUUGCUCAAAUGUUUGUGGUGCCUUUAAAAAACCCCAACACAAAACAGUUUUACAUUAAAAACAUUCUAAGAUAGGGAGGCAGCUUUGUGCAAGACUGGCUGGUCAGUGCUUUGUAAAUCCAGCCUCUGCUGAAAGCCAGAACAGGCUUCCCUUGAGCUUAAUCCAGAAGAGAAGAUUGUACAUGUUCCCAAAAUGCGAUGAGUAUGCUUCCACAGUGUGUAUUUAAUGUGAAAAAUGUUUGUAUGCACCCUUAAUGUUUGGGCUUUUAGGAGAUCUUUUAAAAUAGAAUAAUUAGAUGAAGUGUAUUAGAGGUUCUCAUAUUGUGCUGUGGCCAGCUUACUGCUGUCUCCAGGACAGGUAAACUUGGUAUUUAUUGAUUAUUAUUUUUUUGCUCUAAGAAAAUGUUGAAUGAUAGAGGAUAACUUCUUGAGAGAGGAAAAUGUUGCUGCUUUUGGAUAAGGUAAAUUGUAAGCUUCUCUACAUACUUUGUCUGAACUUGUUGGUUAGUACAGUAUUUUUGUGGAAUAGAUUAGUUGAAGACGGCAAGACUAAACAUCUUUCUUUUAAAUAUAUUGACAUGAAGCUUGCUUACUUGUUUGGAGUAAUGGCAUAAUUCAUGAGUUGAUCAGCUGUUAUGAUCUUCCAGAUAGGUGACUUUUAUGUACCCUGCUACUGAUCCCAUGAGGAGAUGGUGAAGUACAUAUUGUGUCCUCUAAUCUAUCUCCUAUUCCUAUUUAACACUCCUCUUCUGAGUCUCUGAAAGUCUUUACCCUGUAAGUACAUGCCUUCCUGCAGUUGGACUGGAGAAAAUCUUGUGCUGUUCCUGGCCAUUAUCUUGACUCUCUCUUCAGUUAUUGCUGCCUUUCUCUUACCAUUUUUUCCUCCCCAUAUAGUUGGUCUGUGCAAUUGUAUGCCAUUGUGCAUUCAUUCACCAUUGUCUUCCUUUAAUUUUACUUUAAUUUCUUUUUAUUGGAAAUGAAAUUGGUCACUUCAUGGUCCAUCUCAAAUACCCCCAACACCUUCCCUGUUGGCUUUUUCACACUAGAUCUUAUUUGUUUGAGUUUAGUAGGGGUAGUGGGUACAUAAGAACAGCCCUGCUGGAUCCGGCACAAGGUCCAUCUAGUCCAGCAUCCUGUUUCACACAGUGGCCUGCUAGAUGGCUUUGGAGAGCCCACAGGCAAGAGGUAUGUGCAUGCCCUCUCUCCUGCUGUUGCUCCCCUGCAACUGGUAUUGAGAGGAAUCGUGCCUCUGAGGCUGGAGAUGGUCCAAUGCCUCUCAAUACCAGUUGCACGGGUACAUUGUAGAAAUGCAUACUUUAGUGGAGGGCGGGAUGCAUUAUUCUUGUGGGGAAAGGAAGUAUGCAUGGAUCUUGCAUUGGUUAGUGCCUGGGCAGCAAGAGAGAAAAGUGAAUGAAAUGUGACGAUAAUACUAGUCUGCACACUCCUGCAUACUAGAGACCUGAUUAGUUUUACAAUAUGCUUUUAAUAUUCAUGACACCUUGCUGUGUUGAAUUGAGCCUAUUUAUUUUUCUCUUGCCUUUCUGUGGCUUUUUAGUAGAAAAAUGGAAAAUCUUCAGGUGCUUUUUAAAGCUUCUCCAGUGCUACACUGGUCACCACUAUUUUAUUGUACUAUUGCAGUUGCAUUUUGCUGUCUUCUACAGAAAACUGAUUAUAAAUCUACUAAUAGGCCACAGUUAAAUUUGUGGUGGAUCACAAAGCCCCUACUGGUUGCUGGGAUUCUUGCAAAAAGUGUUGUUCUGAUCCUGUACUCCUUUAACUAUGUUGAAAUCCCGAGUGUACAUUCUGGCUUUAGAUCUAUAAAACACAUCAGCAGACCAUGGGGAUUCCUGUUAAAAAUGUAGACUAUGCAAGAUUGAAGUUGGCCUAUUCCUUCUCUGGAACUAUCUCUUAGAUUGAAUGCUGUUGUGCCUGGAGGUAGUCUUGUAAAGUGUGUAUAUAGUUUAAUGGGAGACACAUACAGACUGCCAUUAACAGAAGCAGAGGAUAUAUUGUUUGCUUAUUCCUGUGCAAGUUUGUGACUGUGAAGCCAUGGCUCACAGUUGCCUUUUAUCACUGUCAUUCUGCUUCAUAUAUGUAAACUAAACUGUAAUAGAAUGCCAGAAACUUAUUAAAUGACAGACAUCUGGUUUAAUUAAUGAACUACUAUUCUAACUAUUCAUUGGUUAGAUACUUGUCACAAGCACUUAUGAGUAAUAGCAGUCAAAUGAGCAAUAGAAGUCAGUUGUAGUAAUAGGAGAUAUCCUACUCAGGUCUUUAUUUUGUAGUACAGCAUCUAGAACUGGAUAGAAUCUUUGAUUCCAGCACUUUUUAGGAGGGGAGCAAGUCAAUAUAUAAUUUCUUGGCCUCUACCUCUUUUCCUGAUGAGUUUUGAUUUGACACCCAUGUAUCAUGUUGCUACCAGUAUUGGCAGCAAUUCCUUAAACUUCUUUAUGAGGAAAAGUUCUGUGAACUUCAGAGCUGAUCCUUUGACAUGUAUAUUCCAGUUACUCAACAUUUUUUUUUUUAAGAAGAGCUUGAAUACUUAGUGCAGUGUAGAUGGUUAACUUCAUUGUCAUCGUCGUCCUAUCCUUUCUUAAAAUGCGCUGCUUGUAGCUUUGGGGAGGGUAAAGUAGCAGACUGCUUAACAAAUACCAUAAAGUGACCACUUUCAUUUCCUUUCCUGAUUGUUUCUUUGAUUUGUUCAUGAGGCAAAAAUGCAACAGGUGUAUUGCUUAGCUGUCCAAGGCAUAGAACCUCUAGAGGAAAAUGGUGGCACCCUGACACACACAGCAAUUGAUCUGUCUGAAAUAUGUUCCAUGUGCUAUGCUCUCAUUUGUGAAUAGGGUUCUCUCUAAAUUAAAAGUGCAGUCCAACCGCAUUUAAGAUCCAGCUUGUCACUGAUUUUGGUGGAGGUGGAUGGGCCCUCUUUUUAGAAAAAGCAAAGUACUAGGUGUUACAAUUCAUGAAUUAACUGCUGCAUCCUUGCAUCUUGUCCAAAUAACUUUUAGAAUGACGUUAAUUAAUUCUUCAUGGUAAAUCAUGUUUUGAGUGGGUAGAAUAUAAUAAUUCAAUAGCAUUUGGGGAAGGAACUUAAGAUCUUUCAGACUGUUGUACGUAAUCUUCUUUGUGCAUGAGGCUUUUGUCUCUCUCUGGAGUGCUUCUUGUCUCUACUGUAUCAACAUUCCAGUGUGUGAACAGAGAAACUAGAAUUGUUUUGUCUUAAUUUUUGAAGUACAUUGUGUGAUCAUCUGUCUUGUAACUGGCUCUGUAAAACACAAACCUUCGAAGGUGUGCAAAUUGUUGCGAUGAAGUGAGCAGGUGUUUAACCCCUGAAGUUUUAAGUCUUGUUCAGAGUUUACAUUAUUCUUGUAUCUACCCCAAACCUUUUAAAAUCAGGAUUUUUGUAUGUGGAUGGGAGUGUGAGUGUGUGUGUACAUGCCCCCUUUUCCUAAAAGCCUGUUUCCUAAUUUCAGCUCUAGGGGCCACCUCAGCAUGUGUAAGGGCAACUUUCCUCCCAUGGUGCUGUACUUAAAUGCCCUUUUCUGUGAAAGGCAAUCAAGAUCUAAUAAAGGACUCCUAAUUGUGAACGUUUGCUCCCCAAACCUCAGACCGUCUUCUCAAGGUCUCCCCUUUUGUGCUAUACAACUUCACACAAUGCAGAUACUGAGCCCUUUUCUACUUUUGUUUCUGCACUUUUUAAGAACUGGAAUUGAACUUAAUAUAAAGUUGUACAGUCUUUCUUUUCCCCACUUUCUGAAAAGCAGCAGCUGCAUGGAAAGGACUCCUUAAGCAGUUUGCUCAUUUUUUGGAAAGCACCACUAUGAGGGUACCACACUAUGAUGCUGCUAGGUUGGAGGGGUGGGGGAGAAAGGCAUAAACACCUAUAAAAUGGGUGUAUAAUUUGGUGGAAGGGUUUGUUCUACAUGGUCUUUGUAAAGUUAAAGCAGGUACCACUGGUAGCAUACUCUUUGUUUUGACUUGCUUCUAAGUUGGACACACACUCCAUUGGAUAUUUACAUGUUUUCUAUUGUACUCUUGUGAAUAUUUUAAUACACUUUUUCCAUUA